CUUUCUCCAUCUCCCUAGAGACGCAUGCCCAGUAGCCCAGAGAGGAUUGGAAAGGAUUUGGGCUCGUUUGCUACAUUGCUUCGUGGAUGCGCUACUCUUGCCGAGGGAAGAUGGAUCCACUCGCGGAUGAUAUCUGCUGGCUGCUGCGACAACGCCUACGCGGCAAAUCUCCUUGUCCAGAUGUAUGGCAACUGUGGCAGCGUGGAAGAAUCGUGGGGCGUCUUCAGUGCCAUUCCCUGGCAUCACCGCAACGUCUUCUCGUGGAAUAUCAUGCUCGCAGCAUUUUCCAGGAACGGGCAUCCUGGCGAAGGGAGGAACUUGUUCGAUCAGAUGCCGCAUCGCGACGUUGUGUCGUGGAACACACUCUUGGCGGGAUUUGCACAGGUCUUUCAAGUUGGCGUAGCCAAGAACAUAUUUGACAAGAUGCCGGGUCGCAAUGUUGUGUCUUGGAACUCCAUCUUCGCAGCAUUUGCCCAAGAGCGUCAUUUGGAAAAUGCAAAGGUUUGCUUUGAGGAUAUGCCCGAGAAGGAUCUAGCGUCCUGGAACACAAUGCUACAUGCGUAUGCGCAGCACGGUGAGCUCCAGAGCCUGGGCGAAGUGUUUCGAGAAAUGCCGACGAGGAACGUUCUCUCUUGGACGGCCUUGGUGACUGCAUUUGGGCAGAGAGGACAUCUUUCUUCGUCGAGAACGCUGCUGGAGAAGAUGCCGAGCUGGGAUGCUGUCUGCUGGAACGUCGUCAUCUCCUCGAGCAUUCGCCACGGGAGCAUGGACGAGGCGAUCGGUAUGUUUCAUUCCAUGCUUCACAGGAACGUUCUCACCUGGAAUGGUAUGGUGCAGGCUUAUGGCGAGAUUGGCGAGCUAGAACUCUCCCAGUCGCUGUUUCGGAAGAUGCCGCAGUGGAACCUCUUCUCGUGGAAUACCAUGCUCACGGCCUAUGCGGAGAAUGGGCGCGUGGAGGACGCGAAACGAAUGUUUGACGCUGUUCCUGUGGAGAACACAGUCUCGUGGAACUCCAUGCUCCAAGCUUACUUUCUCGCUGGUCAAGCCGAGCAAGCCAAGGUGGAUUUCCACCAGAUGCCUCGCAAAGACGUGAUCUCCUGGAACACGCUACUCGCAGUUUGUGCAGCCGGGAACGACUCUACCAGGGAGACGAGACAAACCUUUAAUCUGACACCACAGGUGAACACCGUGUCGUGGAACAUCAUGCUGGCAGCGUAUGUCGAUCUAGGAGAAGUCGACGAUGCAAAGCUAUUGUUUGACGAGAUCCCCGAGAAGAGUUCCGUGUCGUGGAAUACAAUGAUUCAAGCGUUUGCGAAGAAUGGUUUCCUGGACAAGGCCGAGAAGCUGUUCAAGGAGAUGCCAUGUAAAGACAAGCCCGUCUCGUCGUGGACUGUGAUGAUCUCGGCUUAUGCUCUUAACGCACACAUCGAAGCCGCGGAGCGCUUGUUUCACGACGAGGACAUCACUCGAGACGUUGUUAUGUGGAACGCAAUGGUGGCGGCCUACUGCCAGACCGGAGAUGCGGAUCGAGCAAGAAUGGUUUUCCAGAAAAUGCCAAGCCAGAACGUGACAAGCUGGAACUCGGUGGUCCAAGGAUUUAUUCGCAGAGGGUUCCUUGAAGAUGGAAAGAGAUUGCUGAGCAAACAUCCAGAACCAAAUGCUGUGACGUGGUCGAUGAUGCUCGCGUCUUACAUCCAGAUCGGCGAGCUCAAAGAGGCAACGUCGAUCUUCCACCGGAUGCCUCACCGGAGCAUUCUCAGCUGGAACUCGAUGGUUCAAGCUUUUAUUGAGGAGGGAUUCGCUGGCCGGGCCAGGGAGGUAUUUGACAAGAUGAGCAGCCACGACGUGAUAUCAUGGAACAUCACCAUCUCAGGCUACGCUCGCUCCGGAAAAAUGGAAGAAGCUAAAGCAGCAUUCGAAAACGCACCCUCUCGGAGUAUAGUCGCAUGGAAUACCAUGAUCGCGGCGCUCGCCACCCAGUGCCGAGACUUGGACGCCGCAAAAUCACUUUUUGAGGAGAUGCCGGAGAAGAACACGGUCUCCUGGAACACUCUCAUCUCAAGCCUGUGUAGAUUCGAGCAGCAAGACGCGGCGCUACAUCUCUUCAAAGUCAUGGACUUGGAAGGAGUUCCAGCGGACGAGGCAACGUACUUGAUCGUCCUUGACGUGUGCGGAGAUCUGGCAGCUCUCUCGGACGGAUCAAGCAUUCACAGCGACGCGGCGGCCGUGAACUUCCACUUGAGCGUGAGCGUUUCCACCGCGCUCAUCAACAUGUAUGGGAGGUGUGGACGAGUGGAAACGGCGAGAAAAGUUUUCGACUCGAUGCUCAAGCGCGACACAAUCUCCUGGACGUCGAUGAUCAGCGUCUACUCCAACAAUGGACGCUCGCACUACGCUCUCGAGCUUCUGUGGCUCAUGGAACAGGACGGAUUCCCAGCCGACGCCAUAACUUUCGUGGCUGUUCUCUCGGCUUGCAGCCACGCAGGGCUCUUCCGACAAGGCUGGGAGGUUUUCACGUCGAUGCAUCACAGCUAUGGCGUUGCUCAUGGUGUGGAUCACUACGGUUGCAUGGUGGAUCUUUUCGGACGAGCAGGGAUGCUGGAAGUGGCCGAGCAACUGGUGGCAAGCAUGCCUUUUAGUUUGCGGGAUGAUCACCCAGGAAGAGAUAGUGCUACCAUGUCCUGGAUGAUGCUGCUAGCGGCGUGUAACAGCCACUCGGAUCCGGAUCGAGCAGCCAGGAUCGCCGCAGAGAUGGAAACUCUGGCACCGGAAGUUAGUCCUGCGCUCUACGUCUUGCUUUCCAAUGCUCAUGCGACAUCCCUUGGUGAGGAAGAAACCGGCAUUGAUUAAAGUUGGUACAUUGUUUAUCUUGAUAAAUCUUUCAAAUAAUAGUUUCAGUGAA